AUGGUCCUUUUACCAAAGCUUGAGACGCUUCUCCGUAAGAAGUUGGCCCAGAAUAGGCAGGUGAAAUGUGAUGACACAGGGGUCGUUGUCUCGGUGUCGGCUCGUACUGAGAAGGACCUCAUCAAGCGAUUUGAUGACUUGAGCAUCGAUUGGUCAGUCAUAGCGAAGACGCUUAUAGGAUGGGGGGAGCUUUUCCGCUCCGGUAAGAAACUUACUGUCAGCCUCUCUUUCAACUAUUUAGACACGAAACCGCCACCGGCGGGUACUGCAAGACGUGGAACCAAGCGAGGCUCGUCAGCAACC